AUGGUUAUCCUCUGGGAUACAGUGCACGACAACUUCAUAACUAAUACAUAUAAUUGUGAGAUUAUGCCUGCCAUUUACCAAAAUGUCUUUAUUGCAAUGGGCCCCACACUUAAAAUCAUUAACCGCUUUCUUUAUACAAAUCUUAUCCAACCUGCUAUAAAUAAUGGCUACCAUAAAAAUGAUAGCGGUUUCUAUUUGGAGUCUUUUGAUGAUAAGAUCAUAUCACAUAGUAUUCUAGAUGAGUUCUUAAAUCUUGGAGGCACUCCUCCAUUCGAGGUCAGGAAUGUAGCAGGGUGGAAGAAAAUAACCGAGCAGUUAAAACAAAGAUAUAUACUCUAUUGUAAUGAUGUCUGCGAUCAAUUGAAUGAUGAAUUUUAUGAGGAAAAGGACAAGAGAUUUGAUGAUCAUUUGAAAAAGUGGGAAUGGUUCAAAAGUCCUUAUCCGAUGGAUAAAGAUCAUCCCGGUAAAAUGACAAUUUAUGCUCAAAGAAGAGAUGGUAGAGUAGAAAGCGACCCCUCUAGCUUUCAGCCACCGACAAAAAGGAAACUAAGAUGUGUACUAUCUGACAGUGAUGAGAAUUUGAUUGAUCAUAUAGAACGGAAUGCCAUGCAUUAUGGAGCAUUCUUGCGUUAUAAGAGUAGUUAUAAUAAUCCAAAAGAAGCUGUGGAGUAUGCUGGUACUAAAGUCAAAACAAAAGAGUAUCCCUAUGGUACAACAUUAGGGGAAUUUUUAGUGGGUCGUCGUCUACUGCGUUUGUUUAACCUAUCAAUGGUAUAUCCUCCAAAAGAUUGGGAGCCCCCCAGUCCUGAAAAAGGCCGAAAGUGGUUAAAUAUCUGA